GAGACCUAUACAGUUCUGGGCCCUAUGUGACUCCUUUUCUUCUGUGUGCUGUGCUUGCACAAGCCGCCCGAUAUUCCACGCGAAUAGAUGCCACAGAAAUUGGACAGAGCUUUGCUGCCAAGGCUUUACAACUGUUGACAAUUGAUAUGGGAAAAGGCAGUUCCAUCCCGACCAUUCAAGGUCUACUUGUUUUCUCGGCCCGCGAAUGCGCCUGUGGUCGUGUGUCUCAGGGCUGGCUUUACUCUGGUAUGGCAUUCCGGAUGAUGCGAGAUCUCGGGAUAGACGUUUCUCCUAAGAAGCUAGGACAUCUAGCGAAACAAUUCUCUGAGGAAGAUCUCGCGGUGCGGCAACAGGUCUUCUGGAGUUGUUAUACCUGGGAUAAAACCAUGAGUGUGUGUGUUGGCCGAGCAGCAGUACUGCACUGCUCUGUGGAACUGCCCACGUCGGAUACACUACCAUUCGGACGCGAGGCAGACGACGAAGUGUGGCCGCCGACAAUAACGAACACUUCACUCGCAGAUGGUCUUGUGAAGCAGAAGGCUCUAAGCAGCGCACGUUUCGUAGCAUACUGCGAGCUCAGCUUCAUCACUGAAAGCAUUCUCGACACACUAUAUUCAAGACCUCAUAGCGGGCAACAAGAACACCUCUUAACGUAUCUCGACACUACAUUGCAGAGGCUACAGUCCUGGGCUGAUCGGUUACCUCCAGAACUAUUCAUCAAAGAAGCUGGCGCAACCAUAGUCUCUCCUCCACUGCACAUCCUCCUGCUGAACCUAACGUACCACGCAGCUACCAUUCUAUUAUGCCGCCCCUAUCGAACCGUUCAACAAACCGCGAAGGAGAAAUGUACCAAAGCAUCUCAAAUGGUCGAUACGCUCUUUAUAUUACAUGUCAAACGCUUCGGUUUCCGAUAUGUUACCUAUUUGCAGACGUACACACUGUUCGUCGCCUGCACGAUAAACGUACUUGACUUUACUGAGAACGACGACGCGGCUGGAGACUCGAAGUUGGCUCGUGAAGCGAAUGCAAGGCUUCAUUUCGGGCUCGAAAUUUUCAGACAGGCAAAUAGCACGCCGGCUGCAGCUCGAUGCGCCGCCACCAUUUCUCAACUAUUUCAGAGGCAGAAGACAUCCAAACAGAAUGAGAAAUUGAAUCCAACGGCUCCAAUAAGAGUCGAUCCUCUGACGACAGACGCAGUCGCCAAUUCGAGUGCUCAGGAACCUGCCGUAACCCCUUUAGCGGCGAAUCCGCCCCUUCCAACACUAUAUCAAGCACAAGUCACCGCUGAACCGAUAACUACGAAUGAUCACUCAGGCGCCCAAGAUCGUAAUUUGACCGAACCUUUUGACUUUUCUCUCCCGAUUGAAACGCCGCUCAGGUGGCUACCGGAGAAUGUCCAGGAUGAUGGAAGUUGGAUGUUGAUGACGGACGUGAAUUUCAAUAGAGACUUCGAGUUCCCAUCUAUGGCAGAGUUCUCAUAAUCUAGAAACAUGUUCGUGUACUAAAGUAAAAAAAAAAAAAAAAAAAAAAAAAAAAAAGGGAGACCAACACUUAAGAACCAACAGGCUUAGUUCCAACACAUUAAUACGUUAACCCCCCGUUCGCCAGGCCCUAGGAGCCUUUUAGAGCUAGUACUUUUCUUUAUUUUUAGUCACAAUUGUACCGGCAUGCCCUCAAAGAGCGACUACAAAAUUCGGCCUCGCGCCGCCUUAACAUCUUCACUGAGCAAAAACAACAACAUCGAUCUAUUCAGCCCCUCUAUUAAACACCAGAUUUUGCUAGGAAUAAAUCAUUUUCCAUCCUUCGCCAUGUUCGAGCAAUUCCAACCACGCCAUAUCCCCGUGCUCUUUUCAGCAACCGUGAUGACCUUCGGUGGGAUGUGGUCUUACUUCGAUGCGCGAGCUGCUAUGCUCGAGUUUGGCCUCCCGGACCGCAUCGCUAGCACGCCCGCUGCGUCGGCAGUCAUGCACAUCAACAACGCCCGCACGACUGUCCUCGGCAUGUGCAUGUAUACCCUCUACUUUCGCCGUGAAUUCACCGCCUGCGAUACCAUCCUCGCCAUCUUGGGCGCCUACGCAGGCCUGGUCGACAGUUAUGUGGUGUGGAGGGAGGGAAAUCCACGCAAGGCAGCCUUCCGCCUCGCGAGCUCAUGGCUGCUGUCCGCUGUGGGGUUCGCUGGGUGGACU